GUGCCACUUUCAGGUCUCCUCACACUGCUGGUGUGUUCCAUUUUUUGUCAUAGGGUGCUGGCAGAUUACGGGCCUCCCAUAGCUGCUGCCAGGCCCCUAAUCUGCCAUGGGCCCCUGUACCGCCUCCUCAUGCUGCUGCCAGGUCCAGAGUCUCUCAUGGGUCCCUGUACGGCCUCCCAUUGCUGCUGUCUCCAUCGCCACACUCUGCCAUGUGCCACUUUCAGGUCUCCUCACACUGCUGGUGGGUUCCAUUUUGUCAUAGGGUGCUGUAUGGCCUCCCAUUGCUGCUGCCUCCACCGCCAUACUGUGGCUCCACUCUGGUUUUGGCCCCGUGACUGCCCAAAUGAGUGAAGUGUGCGGUGAUUCUAAGAUUGACGGCACUCAUCUGCAUGUACUACUG